AAAUGUGUUAAGAUUCCGGACUCUCCAUUUUCUCUCUCUCCGUUGGAUUCAUUGUCCAUAGCUAAGCUUGAUACCCCAAGCGGCGCCACUGGCAGGUUCUGCUAUCAUGGCGUACGCUCAAAACUUCAUGGCAGCUCUCUUCAUCUCUUUCACUUUCAUGUCUACCUCAUUCUCUCAAUCUAUUCUCGGAAUUUCCCCCCAAUUAUUGGACCUUUUUGCCAUCGAUCGCGUGUUCCGCCACCGCAAGAUUCCCAAUGACAAUGCUCUCUACUGUGAUAGCUGGCGAUAUACUGUCGAAACUAAUGACGCUGGUUUCUGGACUUUGAUCCCUAAAAGAUGCACUUCCUUCGUUGAGGACUACAUGAGCCGGGAUCGUUAUUCUUCAGAUUCAGCUGCUGUGGCUGACCUGUCACUGGCGUUUGCUAAUACAGUUAAGGUUUCAAAUGAUAGAAUGGACGCUUGGAUAUUCGACAUUGAUGAAACGCUCCUGUCCAAUUUGCCCUACUAUGUCACCCAUGGCUUCGGAUCGGAGAUCUUUGAUGAAAUUGCCUUUGACAAAUGGGUGAAUGAAGCUGAAGCUCCUGCUAUACCUCCAAGUUUAAAUCUGUACAAGGAGCUACAGCAGCGAGGAUUUACAAUAUUCUUGUUGACUGGUCGGAGUGAACAUCAAAGGAAUGAUACAGAAAAGAAUAUGGUGUAUGCUGGAUACAGCAAUUGGGAAAGGCUUAUUUUGAGGGGACCUUCCGAUCAAGGUAAACCGGCAACCCGAUACAAAUCUGAGAAAAGAAAGGAGUUAGAAGAUGAAGGUUACAGGAUUCACGGGAACUCUGGAGAUCAAUGGAGUGACUUGAUGGGUUUUGCUGUAGCACAGAGGUCCUUUAAACUUCCAAAUCCCAUGUACUAUAUUGCAUGAUAAUAGAGUAGUCUAAAAAGUGUUUGGUGUUAUUUGACUAUUGAUGUUGCAAUUUUCUGCUGCUACUGAACUUGUGUAUAACAUUAUUUUAACACAUUUCACAAGAUGUGGACGCCUUGUUCAAUGGGAGUUGAUCUCUCGCUUUUCCAAAUAAUUGUAAGACCCCGUGGAUUGUAAGAUUUUUCA